UUGAAUUUUCAGGGUGGUGGUAGUGGUGGAGCAAUACGUGAUGCUGGUGGUGCAUUCGGAAAGCAGCAAGCUGGAAGAGAAGAGCAAUAUUUUAAGAACAUAGAAAGAGAGCAACUGAAAUCAUUGCGGCUGCAGUACAAGAAUUUGCGCAAAGAGAUGGAACGUGAAAUUGAAGAACACGAAGAGCUUGCACGAGAUCACACCGAAGCUGCUGGCCGGCUGAAGCGUCGCGUUGCCGAAUUGCAACAGGAGGAAGAACAAUUGGGACACUGA